UAGUUUGCACAAGCCACAUCCUUUCCAGGUUAGUAUAUACCAACUGCACAAGACUGACAGCAGAUCACACCCAAGAGCCUGAGCGUGGUAAAGCCUCACGAUCUACACAAUUCAUCAUUCUGUGGUUCAACUAAAAUUAAAAUGAGUGACGACGAUUAUUACGAACCAUUUAAUUUCAACGACACAACAAACCCAUGUGCCAAUGCAGAAAACUGUACGCUCUUUGACAAGACUGAUCCAUCCGUGAUUGGCUGGCGUCACUGGUUUGCGCUGAUCUGCUAUGCAGUCGUCUUCUUGUUGGGUGUCCCUGGCAACGGUCUGGUUGUCUGGGUGACAGCAUUCAGGAUGCCCCGUUCAGUUAAUGCCCAGUGGUUUCUGAACCUGGCCUUGGCUGACCUGCUGUGCUGUUUAUCCCUACCCCUGCUCAUGGUACCAUUGGCUCAAGAUAUGCACUGGCCCUUUGGACCAUUAGCCUGCAAAAUACUGCAUGGCCUACUGUAUAUGCUCAUGUACUGCAGCGUGCUGAUAUUAACGGUCAUCAGUGUGGACCGCUGGCUCCUAGUGACUCGGCCUGCUUGGUGCCAGAACUGGAGGCAGCCGAACUUGGCUCGCUGGGUCUGUCUGGGUACCUGGGUGCUGGCACUCAUUGGCACCAUUCCCCAGUUCAUUCACAUGGAAGAAGAGAAGCAGGGGACGAAGAAACAGUGUCACGGCCAUUACUCCAGCCUGCUGCAUGCCUGGGCCUUGGUUGUGACACGCUUCCUGCUUGGUUUUCUGCUGCCGUUCCUGAUAAUCUCUUACAGCCACUGGACAGUGUACCAGAGGGCACACCAAAGGUCAGCGAGGAGGCAAAGCGAGAGGUCAUCACGGACCUUGCGUGUCAUCCUAGCUGUAGUGAUCACCUUCUUCCUGUGCUGGAUUCCCUUGCAUAUCAUGGACACUGUUAUUCUGAUCUGGCACAAGGCAGUGGAUAACACAAGGGUAAAUCUUCAACUGGCUCAUGUAUUAGCUCUCUGCCUAGCCUACUUCAACAGCUGCUUGAACCCACUGCUCUAUGUUUGCCUGGGCCGUGGCUUUAGGGAGAGCUUGACCAAGACGCUGAAGAGUGUACUCAACUUUGCUUCUGAAGAGCCGACCCGAGCACCCACUCUGACAAUGAACACCAAGAGUACCACCGACACAAACUACUGAGAGUUUGUAUUGUUAUAGCUUAGUUCUGCUGUACACAAUAGUUCUGCUGUACACAAUAUUGUGUUUCACACAAUAACCCCUCACUUUCACAGCUUAUUAUUCAGUCUUUCUGCUUAAAGUAUAUUACUCAGUAACAAGUAUGAUUUGUUCAGCUACAGUGUAUUUAAUAGUAGUUACACAGUUCAGGAAUUUACAUCUCAGGGCUUAAUCUGGCCGAGUUUCACCUCUCAGACUGGUUUGAGCAGGAUUUCUUAACCUCUUUACUGCUUUAAAAGAAGAAAAAAUAUAUUUUACACUUACAUUAGAAUCACAAAACGUCAACACAGUGCACAGGAUGUUGAGCAAAUUAAGUGUCAGGCAACUGCUUAGAUCCCGGCCACUUCUUCUACACAAAAACAUAGUCUAAGUUCAAGUUUUCUAAACCUAAAUCAAAAAAUCUAAACAAAAUCAAAGCUCUCAGCACAUGAAGUAAAAUCACAAAUUUCAAAAAAUGAGUGUUUUGUGAUAAGUAGAGAAUUAUAUGUAGUACUACUGACUAGCACCCAGCUAUAGAAAAAAAACAGUGCCUGGUGCAGCAGCUUCACUGAAUGUGGAAAUAAAUGUGUGAAGUUACGCAACAGUUUUGAAAUUCACACAUUCUGUACAAAUGACAAAAGUUGUUUUUCUUUUUUCAAAAGAGUUUACCCAUCAAGAGCCUAAAACUAACAGUUUGUUCAACACUCAGUUGUUAUGAAAAAAAGACGACAACAACAACAUCAAUAAUAAUAAUAAUAAUAAUAAUAAUAAUAAUAAUAAUAAUAAUAAUUUUUAAAAAUCAAAUAUUAUAUUAGAAUUUUUGAACAUUUUAAAGGACAAAAAUGUUCAUUUGUGUGACCUCUGUUCAUAGAUGAGCAUAUAUAUAUAUAUAUAUAUAUAUAUAUAUAUAUAUAUAUAUAUAUAUAUAUAUAUAUAUAUAUAUAUAUAUAUGUAUAUAAAUAUGUGUGUGUGUGUGUGUGUGUGUGUGAAUUUAGUUCAAAAUAAGGUCCUUGGACAACCUGGGAAAAUGUAAAUUAACAUAAAAUUCAGUUAUCAGUUAUUGACCUGGUCUUUUGUACUUGAGCUUAUAACAAGUUAAGAACUUAACAGCUAACAGAACAUAUUUUGAAAAAGAAAAUAUUUCUUUCUUUUGCUUGUUAUGCAACUUGUUCCUUCGGUAUUAUAUGCUUAUCUGAAUGUUAUAUGGAUCUGAAACUUGAAAUGUGGAAGGAAAUAUUCUUUUUGUCAGCAUUUCUGUUGUGGAUGUAUGUUCCUCAACUGCACAUUUCUUUUGUACAAAUACUUUUUUUAAGCACUCAAACUAAUAAAAAUAAAUAUAUUUAUAUGCUUAUGGAUUUA